ACCACUCCGGCAACCACUCCAGCAACCACUCCGGCAACAACUCUAGCAACAACUCCAGCAACCACUCCAGCAACAAAUCUAGCAACAACUCCGGCAACAACUCCAGCAACAAUUACAACCCAAAUGUCCACAACAAUACCUGCAACCACAGAAAUUCAAGGCAAUACAACUAAUGGAACAAUUUUACUCAAGCUAGGAGCCACUUCCAUGACAUUGGUGAGCGGUGUUUCUGUGGGGAUGAUGCAUACAAUCAACAGCAUCAUGGUAGUACGUCACAAACCGUCUUCCCGUCAUUACGCAAAAGUGAAGUUCAUGAUUGUGGGCAGCUUAUUUUCUUUUUUGUCUUCGUUGUCGACAUUGAUCUUAAUUUGCAUAGACAGACCCCUUGAGGGCAAUCUCAUUGGUCUUGUAAGCACUGUAAUCGUGGUGGUGAUGGGUUUCGCAGAGCUAGUGAUUGCUCUGAUGCAGUUUGGACCCAGCCAUGAACUAAAAGGACCCUGUGACCUUGCUCUCCACAUUUGUUUUUUCUUCCACCACCCAUUCACAAAUGUAUUUCUCUACGUCACCGUAAUCGACUUGAUUGACAAAGGGAGAGGAACCAGGAGAGUUUUCUUUCUCCUGAUUGUUUACACAGUGUUGAUUGCCCUGACUAUAGUUUGUCAUGUUGUGAUCUUUGCAUUUCUGCGGAAGGUAACAGACAAGCCCAAACGUCGUCGGGGUCAUCGAAGAAUAAAGGAGCCUCUCUCUGCAGUCAGAGUGUUUGUUAUAUUCAUCUCAGCAUUCCUCAUGGUUGGCAUCACAGCUCUGUCUGUAGCAAUCAUGGUCGAAAUAUUUUUUAUCCUGAACGACUAAUGCAUGGUGUGGCACCCUUCAGAUUCAUUCACACCACUGGAAAAAAUGUGUAAAGAAAACAACCGGCACAAAUAGAUUCACUUUUGAGAGCAGUAGAAUAAUCUCACAUGGAAAAUGAAGUUGCAGUUCUGUAGCAGUGAUUUAUUUAUCUAUUUAUUUAAUUUACUUCCCUAGCCAUCCUGCUUACUUCAAGUAGGAUUAACUUGACUCCUUGUCCAGUCAGUUCAGGUUAUUUCGAUUUUUUUUAUUAUUGGUCUGAAUGUAGUUAAGAGAAGAGCUAUAUUCUUCUUCAUGAAGAUCAACACAGCAUGCCUUACCUAAAUGGCUCUCUCGUCUUUUCCAUUUAGAAGAGAGGCUAAAAGAAUAGGGUCACUGGAAUCAUGUCAUAUUUAUGCCUCAGGUAAACAAAGUCGUUAAUUACUAAUUACAGUCCCCAGACACUCUGAUCAACGGAUCAAAGUAAACUUCUCAAGGGGCAUUUUUUCUCCCAAGAAUGCCAAAGUUUAAAAGGUUGGAUUUUUUUCAGUUAAGUAUGAGGUACUACUGCAACAAAUGUUGACUUAAUUUAGGACUUUUUGGACAUCUUUACCUGCUGUGCCAAUAAAUGUGGAAGAUGCAGAGCAUCAGAAACAGUCUUGCAUAAGUGCAAUCAAAAGAUCUUUGUGUAUAAAAAGUCCUUUUUUCUCUUUCCUGCUGUUUUAAAGCUUUUCAUAAUUCAAAGGUCAAAAAAGAUAUUUAUUCAUGUCACAGAGCAGGGGUUCCCAAAGUGGGGGUUGGGACCCCCUGGGGGGCCAUGAGACACCCCUUGGGGGUCACGGCAUGAUUUGAUGCUAAUGUGCUAAAAAGAUUUUGUAUUUCUUUAUUUGUGAAACCAAUACCAAAGUAUAACUUGCUGCUCAACGUUCCUCAUUUCAACACAAGGGGAAAGCUGCACUUUUUUUAAAGAGUUCUACUUUAUUCUCAGAAUUUACAACUUUAUUCUCCUAAUAUUUUGACUCUAUUCUCACAUUUAACCAAAAAAACAACAACAACAAAAGGAAAAAGAAUCCCACCCAACAACAAAAUGGUGUCGCUGAUUUUUGGCACUAUUAUUUUAGGGGUCACAUGCUGAAAAGUUUGGGAACGCCUGCCAUGGAGCCUUAAAUAAAAUGCUAAAAUCUCCUCUGUUCGUACUGGAUGCUGUUUCCACAAGAUGCUGUUUUUUUCCCUGUGUGUACGCCAGUAAGUCAGCUCUUAUCAAAGUUUGGAGAGCAGUGGUUUAACCUAGUAAAAUAUUUUAUAUUAGUAUAAUAUUAGUUAUAGUAUAAUGUCAACAGUAAUGGGUGUAACCUUGUGCCAAGCCCAAUCCAAAGGGAUGUUUUCCAUCACUAAGGAAAUGUUUUGAAGGGUGUAAUGAUUCCCUCUUUGUGUAACUAUGUGGUAUGCGUGCACAGAAUACCUCACUAAGUCACUCAUAUAUCUUUAAGAUAAUGCGGAAAGUGUAGCAGUUUUUAAAGUCAGAAGUAGUGAGGAGUAAAGCAGUGGUUAGAUUAAACUGAAGAGCAUGUCAUCUAACAAACUUGUUAACUGUUCACCUCAUAGCUCAGCUUGUCGUUGUGCCUUUAAUCUGAAAACCUUUUUAUUUGCUUUGGUCAAAACGUCUAAAAGUCAGAUCAAUGUAUGUUUUGUUUCUUGUAUGAAAGAUAUUUACUUAAAGCAACAAGCUUCUUGUUUUUUUAUAUUCGCUUUGUAAGAAACCAUUAUCUGUAUGCACGGGCCACGAUCCACUUAAUUAUUAACCUCGGCUAACAAAGAAGGAACCAUUUUAAAGCUUUCUUCAACUUCAUAAUUUCUUUCGGAUUCUGUAGGAGCUUCACGUGUUCAGGCAGAGGGUGGUUGUGUAAUUGAGUUUCCACAGAAACAAGUCAAGCAAAAGUCAAGUCAAACCUCCCAGCACUUCUAUCUUGUGAUUUUAGUUUGUAACUGCUCCCUCAGUGUGUGUGAUCCUUUGUAAAUGAUUGAUCUGCUGCCCUGAAAUAAAGCCUUUACUUCCUGGUUUCAAUACUGAA